AUGCCGAGCGACCCAGACGUUCAAGUCGGUGCAGAAUGGAAGAUAACUCAACAAAACACCUUCACGAGAUGGGUCAAUAAACAACUUAAAUCCAUUGAUUUAUCAAUAACUGAUCUGAUGAGUGAUUUUGAAGAUGGUCUGAAGUUGAUUCGUUUAGUGGAAGUGCUGUCAGGCAGAUCGUUGGGUCGAUAUAGUAAACGAGUGAUAUUUCGUUCACAGAAAUUAGAAAACAACGCAUUGGCUUUGAGAUUUCUCGAGAAAGAAGAACACAUCAAACUUGUUAAUAUCGACAGCGCUUCAAUAGUGGAUCGAAACCUGAAAUUAAUAAUGGGACUGAUAUGGUCACUGAUCGUGCACUACUCGAUUGCGAACCAAGUAUGGGAAUUGCCAUUGGAUGAUGAGCAGAUUGGUGAACGAUCACCGAAGGAGAAACUAAUGGCAUGGGUCAGAGGGAAACUUCCCAGCGAUAUCCGUGUGAGCAACUUUACGAGCGAUUGGAAUUCGGGAAUUGUUCUUGGUGCAUUGGUAUGUUUCGUUGAUGAAGUUAUUUUGUAG